AUUUAACCUUUGGGAACAAGGCAACUAGCGUUUGGCAGCAGGAAUCCAACCAGUGCCCUGAGUGCUGAGGCAGAGAGGAGGACAGAAGAAACAAGAGGCUGGAGAUUGUCAAAUUCAGUAUCCCAGUUGGCUCUUGACUCUUGGUGAAACCAUCCCUCAGCUCCUAGAGGGAGAUUGUUAGAUCAUGAAACUAAUUACUAUCCUUUUCCUCUGCUCCAGGCUGCUACUAAGUUUAACCCAGGAAUCACAGUCUGAGGAAAUUGACUGCAAUGACAAGGAUUUAUUUAAAGCUGUGGAUGCUGCUCUGAAGAAAUAUAAUAGUCAAAACCAAAGUAACAACCAGUUUGUAUUGUACCGCAUAACUGAAGCCACUAAGAUGGUGAGCUCUGACACGUUUUAUUCCUUCAAGUACGAAAUCAAGGAGGGGGAUUGUCCUGUUCAAAGUGGCAAAACCUGGCAGGACUGUGACUACAAGGAUGCUGCAGAAGCGGCCACUGGAGAAUGCACGGCAACUGUGGGGAAGAGGGGCAGUACGAAAUUCUCCGUGGCUACUCAGACCUGCCAGAUUACUCCAGCCGAGGGCCCUGUGGUGACAGCCCAGUACGACUGCCUCGGCUGUGUGCAUCCUGUAUCAACGCAGAGCCCAGACCUGGAGCCCAUUCUGAGACACGGCGUUCAGUACUUUAACAACAACACUCAACAUUCCUCCCUCUUCACGCUUCAUGAAGUAAAACGGGCCCAAAGACAGGUGGUGGCUGGAUUGAACUUUCGAAUUACCUACUCAAUUGUGCAAACGAAUUGUUCCAAAGAGAAUUUUCUGUUCUUAACUCCAGACUGCAAGUCCCUUUCGAAUGGUGAUACCGGUGAAUGUACAGAUAAUGCAUACAUCGAUACUCAGCUACGAAUUGCUUCCUUCUCACAGAACUGUGACAUUUAUCCAGGGGAGGAUUUUGUACAACCACCUAUCAAGAUUUGCGUGGGCUGCCCCAGAGAUAUACCCACCAACAGCCCAGAGCUGGAGGAGACGCUGACUCACACCAUCACAAAGCUUAAUGCAGAGAAUAACGCAACUUUCUAUUUCAAGAUUGACAAUGUGAAAAAAGCAAGAGUACAGGUGGUGGCUGGCAAGAAAUAUUUUAUUGACUUCGUGGCCAGGGAAACCACGUGUUCCAAGGAAACUAAUGAAGAGUUGACCGAAAGCUGCAAGACCAAAAAACUUGGCCAAAGCCUAGAUUGCAACGCUGAAGUUUAUGUGGUGCCCUGGGAGAAAAAAAUUUACCCUACUGUCAACUGUCAACCCCUGGGAAUGAUCUCACUGAUGAAAAGGCCUCCAGGUUUUUCACCUUUCCGAUCAUCACAAAUGGGGGAAAUAAAAGAAGAAACAACUAGUCACCUAAGGUCCUGCGAGUACAAGGGUCGACCCCCAAAGGCAGGGGCAGAGCCAGCAUCUGAGAGGGAGGUCUCUUGACCAAUGGGCAGAAUCUCCACUCAAGGCACAUAGCCCCAACCACCUCUGUCAGCAACUUUGAGAGGAAGGACAAGAAGAAAGAUGGGAUAGAAUUUAAAUAGAGAAGAAUGCCAUUUUAUCACUCUGCCUCUGGGUGAAAUAAAGAUCAGUCUUGAUAUUCUUACUCUAAUUCACAGUCGUCUCCUUUCAGCCCUACCCAUCCUGCAGCAAAUUCCAGCUGGUCAGAGAGUCAGUGCUGUGGCUCUGCCAUGGAGGCUCAUAACCCAACACUGGAACAUUCUCUAACCAAGGCAGAAGUCCUUAGGCGGGACUUCCUUACCACCAUGGGUGCUAAAAGAAGAGUUAGUAGGCCAUGCUUCUACCAGUAAUCUAAGGACUCUCUCCUUCUCUUCUUCCUCUUUCUCCAGAUUUCCAAGCCUUAGCUAAGAGUAAUUUGGCUUGUUUAGUAUUGUUUUCUUAUGGUCCAGUUAAUUACCAAAGAUAUUUUUAAAAUUAUCUCUGUUAAUACAAUGUCUACCAACUUCUCACUAUCAGAAAAUACUCAACCUCCAAAACAAUUUGAAAUUAUCUUUCUGAUCCAGGUAAAGAAGCAAAUUGGAAAUCAAUAAAAUAAAAAGUGACGGAGA